AUAUACCAAAAUUUCACUCAUCCAGUGCAGACUCCACAGACUCUCUCCAGUUACCCACACACCUUAGGCGCGUCCAGUCAUACAGUCACAGGACAGAAUGGUCCGUCUCAUCCUCAGCCUUCUAAUAGCAAUAGGACCGAUAUGCAACGCCGAAUUUGUGAUAAAAGCCUACGAUGAUAUAUAUAAAUUCCCAAUCUACGGAAUCAAUGACACUUUGGCAACGACAAGCGCGCUAGGAAACAAGGUCACGACCCCAGCCAACAAGGACGAGUGUGCCCUCUCUCCUGACCUGGUUGAGGAGAUCAGGGGGUAUCAGGAGACAGUGGACAGCAUCAUAGAGUACAUUGUCAACGGGGAUUAUAAGGGACGUACUUAUAAUAUCUUGGCAGAGCUCGUCGAUACUUUUGGACCGCGAAUGACAGGUUCGGGACAAUUGGAAGCGGCCAUUGACUGGAUGCUUGAAAAGUCCCACGAAGAAGGACUCGAGAACGUGCACACUGAGGAUGUAUCUGUGCCACAUUGGGUGAGGAACAAUGAAUCAGCCUGGAUGGUGCUGCCUCGUCUGCACAAGCUGAACAUGCUGGGGCUUGGCAGCUCCGUGGGCACGCCGCCGGAGGGCAUCAGAGCGGAGGUCUUGGUGGUCAAAGACUUCGAGGACUUGGAACAAAACGCGCAUCUUGCCGCAGGUAAGAUAGUGGUUUACAAUCCUCCGUGGGUUUCCUACGGCGAGACCGUGCAGUACAGAUCCUCGGGCGCCACCAGAGCGGCAGAAGUCGGAGCGGUGGCUUCUCUCAUCCGCACCGUUGGGCCAUUUUCCAUCAAUUCGCCACACACGGGACAUCAGUACUAUGGAAAUGCCUCUGCCAAGAUCCCCACGGCAUGUAUUACGGUGGAGGACGCGUCCAUGAUGGAGAGAAUGCAGAAGCGAGGGCAAAAGAUCGAAGUUCUGCUGACGAUGGGAGCCAUGAACUACCCAGACUUCAUAUCCCGAAACAGCAUCGUGGAGGUAGAAGGCCUCGAGUGGCCGGACGAGACCGUGGUCGUGUCCGGCCACCUCGACUCGUGGGACGUGGGCCAGGGCGCCAUGGACGACGGGGGCGGCGCCAUGAUCUCGUGGAACGCCGCCGUCGUGCUGCACCGGCUGAGCCUGCGGCCGAGGAGGACUCUGCAGGCCAUCCUGUGGACGGGGGAGGAGCAGGGGCUCAUCGGGGGGCAGGCAUAUUUCGACAAGCAUUCAUCUAAGAAAGAAAAAUACCAGAUGCUGAUGGAGUCCGACAUCGGGACUUUUUCUCCUCUCGGCCUGGCCUUCAGCGGGAACAGCGAAGCGACUUGCAUUGUGAAGGAGAUCCUGAAACUCCUGAAGUCCCUCAAUACUACAGAGGUGGUGAGUCCGAUGGACGGAGGACCUGACAUCGAAGUGUGGCAGAGAGCUGGAGUUCCCACCGCCUCUUUGUACAAUGAAAACGAAAAGUACUUCUGGUUCCACCAUUCCGACGGAGACACGAUGAGCGUUGAAGAUCCAGACACUCUAGACAAGUGUCUUGCCCUCUGGACCUCAUUCGCCUAUGUUGCAGCUGAUAUCACGCAUAAGAUCCCGCAGAUACAAGUGCAGCAGGAGGAAUCUCGUGUAACUACAACUGCCCCUUGAAAGAAAUAAACAUUGUUUGUGAAAUGGUGGA